AUCAUUUCUCCUUUUCGUGGAGUUCGAUAUCACUUGAAUGAGUUUACAGAACGUGCACCAGAAAAUGAAAAGGAGCUAUUUAAUCUUCGACACUCUUCAUUGAGAACCGCUAUUGAGCGAGGGUUUGGUAUUUUGAAGAGUCGUUUUAGAUCAAUUGAUGGAAAAUCUUUUUGGUCUUAUGAAACACAAGUAGAUGUUGUGCUUGCAUGUUGUAUUAUUCAUAAUCACAUAAUGGGGGUUGAUCCUUAUGACUUUCUUAUGGAAGAAAUAUGUUCGGAAAGUGAACCAAUUAGACGAACAAUCAACUUAAGUCAACGGGAGGAGAGGGAAGAGAAUAGGGAGUGGAUAACAAAAAGAGAAAUGAUUGCAUCAACCAUGUGGAAUGAUUAUAACACUCAAAGAAACUAGUAAUUGAGUGUUAGUUAUAUGUGUUUGUUUUUAUUAUGUCUUGUUUGAGUUUGUAUUAUAUUUGUUAUGUAUUUGGAGUAGAUGUUGACUUUAUUAUAAUUUAUCUUUUAAUUAUUAAUGGUAGUUGUUAUAUGAAAUUUAUUAAAUCUAAAUAUUGUAUGCUGUUAUUUUGUAUAAAUUUGUAAUUUCUUUUUUGUAGAAAUGAGUUCCACGCAGAAUGUAAAAUGCAAGGGCAAGCACUUCACAUGGUCUAAACCUAUGUCUCACAUGUUACUUGAGAUAUUAGCUGAGGAGGCACUUAAAGGAAGCAAACCUUCUUCCACCUUUAAAGCAGAAUCUUUUGUUAAGGUGGCUACAGAAAUCAGUCAAAAGUUCAACGUGCAAUGCGAGCCUAAACAUGUGGACAAUCAUCUCAAGACUGUGAAAAAAGAAUGGGGAAUAAUAACCAAACUUAAAAAUAAAAGUGGCUUUGGCUGGGAUGAUUGUUUGAAGAUGAUUACUGUUUCGAAAGAUGUAUAUGAUGAAGAAGUAAAGGCACAUCCCAAUCAUGACAAGUAUCUCAACAAAAAACUCGAUAUGUACGAGGCAAUGGCAAUUGUUGUUGGAAAAGACAUGGCAACCGGGAAUUAUGCCAAAUCAUAUGCUGAUGUCAACUUGGAAGAGAACACUGAAGAGCAAUCAAUUUCAAUUGAAAAUGAAGGGGAAUAUGAAGAAACUUCUAAGGGAAAAGAGACAUCUUCCUCUAGUACGCAAAAGAGGCAACAUAGGAAGAGAAAUCGCAUAUAUGAAGAUGAUGGUGUUGAAAAGUUGUCUAAACAGAUUGGAGAUGUAGCACUUGCAAUUCAAAGCCUCAGCAAAAAUCAACUUGAUGUUAAUGCGUUGUAUGCGGAAGUGAUGAAAAUUGAAGGCUUUGAUGAGAUCACUCUUGGGGAGAAUUUUGUGAACCAACACUACUACAGGGCUGCUUGCUAA